CCUAAAAGAACGAAGUGAUACCACCACUCAAUACAUGCGCUGCCGAUACGCUGUAGCAUGAUGCGCCUGACGGCCGUCCAGAAGAAACUCCCCAAGAAUGUGUGUACAUGGGAGAACCAUCAUCCCUGAUCCGCUGAAAAUGCAACCAACGAUCCCUCCCAUGCCGAAUCCCCGCCUGUCAAUCGUGGCAGAUGGUAAGUCGCGAAACUCCAGUAUGACUCCAAAAUAUCAAGAAACGGAUAGGAUACCCAGAAAAGAAACAUUUGCAGAACAUGGAAAUAAUAAAGAAAAUAAAAAAAAAAACCGCCCCCUUCCAUUUGUGCAGACAAUCGUUCCAGAAUAUGCAUGGAAUCCGAUGCAGACAGAAAUCGAACAAAAAACGCUGAAUACUGCGAACGUCGCAGAGAAAAUACAGAGAGCCACCAUGCAAGUUGAGUUUAUAUAUAUGAAAAGCCAUGCCAGCAGUGACCCUGCUGCGUGGCAUGCGAUGGAGUCCAAAAAAAAAAAAAAAAAAA